AUGUCGGCCCCAGAUUCUUCCCUGGCAAACUGGCCUGCGGUGGCUAGCUAUGUCUCGACGCGCAAGGACACGUACCCGUUCAUCGAACCCGCCAAAGCCGACCUGGCGGGCAAGUCGGUCUUGAUCACAGGUGCCUCCAAGGGCAUCGGCAAGGCGGCCGCGAUCAGCUUUGCCAUCGCGGGCUGCUCGAAGAUCCUGCUCCUCGCGCGUUCGGACCUGACCGACGUGGAGACCGCCGUCCACCACGCCGCCAUGAAGGCCAACCGGCCCCAGCCAUUCGUGCAUUCCCUGAAGGUAGACGUGACCUCGGAAGGCUCGGUGCGCGCGGCCGCAGAGACCGCGGCAGAGUUGCUCGGCGGCCGUCUCGAUGUCCUGAUCAACAACGCGGGCUACCUGGAGGAGUGGAAACCCAUCGCCGACUCCGAGCCGAGCGAGUGGUGGCGGACCUGGGAGGUCAACAUCAAAGGCACCUAUCUCGCCGCCCACUUCUUCGUUCCGCUGCUGCUCCGGUCGCAAACGAAGACGGUCAUCAACAUCAGCAGCGGGGGUGCCCAUGUCAUGUUUCCAGGUGCGUCGGCCUACCAGACAACCAAGUUCGCCCUCUGCCGCCUCACCGAGUUCAUGGACACCGAAUACCACCAGCAAGGGUUGGUCGCCAUCGCGCUCCAUCCGGGCGCCGUCAAGACCGAGCUGGCCAUGAACAUGCCCCCCGAGAGGCAAUCCGUCCUGACCGAUACCCCGGAGCUGGCCGCGGACACGCUGGUCUGGCUCGCCCGGGAGCGGCGCGACUGGCUGGCCGGCCGAUUCGCUUCGGUGAGCUGGGACAUGGAGGAGCUGGAGCAGAAGAAGCAGGACGUUCUUCAAAGAGACUUGUUAAAGUUUCGCGUGGUGAUUUGA